AUGAUGCUCCUCAUUCACGUCGAUGAUGUGAUGUUUGUGGGGGGGCAGGAGUAUGUGAUGGAGCAAUUCAUCCCGGAUCUCAAGCAGAGUUUUGAGAUCUCAGAGCAGCACUUGGUGGGUGAUGGCAGCUCAUUCCAGUUCUUGCAGAGGACCUAUGUGGAAGUUGAAGAUGGUUUGAAGGUUAUGCCCGGAAAGUAUGCCGAGAGCAUGAUUGAGAUGUACGAGGAGAAGAUGGGCAAGGUGAAGGUGCAGAAGCUUCCUUGUGGUCCUGAAGUAUUGGAAGCUGAUGGUUCGGUGGAGCUCAAAGCCGAACUGGCAAGCCUAUAUCGCUCGCUGGUGGGAUGUGGAAUAUAUCUUUCUCAGGAGAGGCCAGACGUCUCAUACACGAUCAAGGAGCUGACAUCAACUAUGUCAUUUCCCACGGCCAGCAGCUUGAGGAAACUUGGGAAACUCAUCGGCUACCUCAAGGGGACGAUUGGCCAGCAUAGCAUCCUAGAAAUGGGGGAACCAGGGCAAGGACUGAUUUGUCGCACAAUGGAGGCCAGAUGGAUCCUACAAACCUUCAGCGACAGCAAGCUGUUGUGGAUCCAAGAUCUGGUGGCUCAGGAGGAGCUUCGAGUCAAGCAAUCACUUUCCAUUGCCAUCCUGAUUGGAGGG